CGAUGAAAUGCAGUUAUUGGUGAAACUUGAUCGAAAAACCGAUCGUAUUUUUCAUUGGACAUAUCCUCCACAUAGCACGUAAUAUUCCCAAUGUAAUAUUACAAUAAAACAUAUCGGAAACAUUACUGUAAUACAUAUAUCACCAUAAUAUUACUGUAAUAUUGCAAGGAAUUAGAUUAUGGUAAAUCCGGGUAUAAUGGCCCUACGGAAAAUAUGGUCACAGGCUGUAUAAUCUCUCCAAUGAUUGUUUAAUAGUACGUUUUUGUAGUCAUUCUCAAAGAUAAUUUAUAUCGUCAUAUAUUACAAAUUACCCUUACAAUAUUUUAUUUAUGCUUCAAUGCGAUAUACAUUGGAAAGUGCCAAACAGCAGCGUGACAUUAAAUGACGUCUUCAUGGCACCUUAAUGACGUAACAAAACGUAAUGAGUUGUCUUUAUCGCAAAUAAUUGCGAUAAAGACAAUUGUCUUCCACCAGUCUUACACAAAAACAAACCUCUGACCACAUUAUUUAUCGCUCAUCUAUUUUUUAAAUAAGGUUUCGCUGCCGAAACGAGGCAGCAGGACAUUCUGCAACACCGUAGGAUUGCACAACGCAUUUUAUAUUUUAACUUUGGUGGCUGCAACAAAUAUCGAUAUUUCGUGGCCUUAAUGGGGUCAUGCGGUCUCUCUUUACUCUUUUUCACUAAAAUCAAUUCCGUUAUUACCUUAAAGACGGUGGACCACACAUGUGCUAAUGAUCAAGUGUCAACAGAAAUAAUGUGGAAGCCAUUCUACAAAUACGAUUUAAAUGGUAACGCGACCAUUUAUAAGUUGGAUGCUUCAACCACAAACAUGGAAUGCGAGGUACAAACAUGGAGUACGAUAUCUUGCGCGAGAGAAAGAAAAAUUCACGCGCAUGCAAUUCUCAUAUUGACUCCACCAAACAUACCUUAGAGUUUUAACUUAGAAAAGAAGAGCCCAGUAAAUUGUAUUACUGCAUCUUUACAGAAACGUCUGUUCGCCGCCAUAAUGAAGCUUUUUCUUAUACUUCCUCAGAAUUUAAUUGCACAUCCUUAUUUCUGGGGCUACAUGACAUCAAUAAUACCGGGGGGUAGAUUGGCGGAACUGAAGUCACCUAAGAUUUUGAUGGAGAUAUCGAUCAUAGUGAAUGUCGGUGCAUUGGCACUGUCGCCCAUCGCUGCGCAUAUUCAUACCUGGCUCCUCGUAGCCGUUCGAUUACUUCAGGGGAUCGCUGAUAGUGUAGCGUUGCCCGCUAUGCACAUGAUAAUUUCAAAGUGGGCGCCGCCGAAUGAGAGACACGUCAUCGCUUCGAUCGUGUACGCAGGAGCGGGAUUCAUCAUAGCGACUUCCGUGAUGCUAACUGAGUUGAUCUAUGUCUGGCUGGGCACGCCGGACGACUCUCCGGCCGCAUCGCACUACUUGUUCUGUUUUCAAGCUACGCUUUGCUUUAUUUGGUCUAUUCUUUGGUACAAGUGGAUAACGGAUUCCCCGACCGAACAGACAAAAUAUAUCUCUGAGGAGGAAAGGGAGUAUAUCGUCACAUCUUUGAAAGAACACAUGGGAAAUUUUUUUAAGAGGGUUCCAUGGUGGCAGAUAUUUUGUUCUAGCCCGUUCAUGGCAAUCGUGAUCGCUCAUAUUUGCAGUUACUUCAGCUAUAUUAUGGUACACAACACACUGCAUAGCCUUCUGCCUUGUAUUUCUAAGCAUAACACGAUCUCGGCUACAGAGUUACUAAUAUUUAGUAUCCCGUGUAUUGGCACGUGGGUCUUCGCCAUAAUUCUUAGCAGAGUAUUAGCCACAUGGCAGGAGAAAGAUGUGAUCACAGUAACAAGAUCUAGAAAAAUCAGCAUUCUCUUUGCAUCGCUCGUCCCCACGUUGGGUUUACUACUGUUGACCAUCAGAACUGGGAAUAGAUCCGAUUACACGGGAAAAUUCAUGCUUAUGACAAUCAUGAUGAUUUGCAUGGGCGGAAUAUUUUCCGGUUGCUACGCAAACCACAUAGACAUCGCGCCGAAACUUGCGGGUAGUCUGCUAGCGAUCACAAAUUUCGUCGCCUUAGGUGUUGUGGUGAUAUUAUUCCAACUUUUGGCUUUCGUAGCGAGGUCGACACGUAACAAGGUAAAGAGAUUUCCAAAGUCGCAAUUUCGAAGGAGGACACGUGAACCAAAUUAUUUCCAAGUCACAAAUACUCAUUUAUUACGUCAUCUUUUCUUUACUUUGCUGAUAACGCUGAUUAAAUCGGUGUAGGAAAUCUUGAUUUCCUUUUAUUAUUUAUAGCAAGACACACACACAAUUGAAUGGAGGAUGGGAUGUCUCGUAAUGAUAAUUCUAUAUGUAAUCGAGAUUGUCGUUUACAC